AUGGCCCUAGCUCAGUUACUUCAAGAACAGAAUUUCCCUGCUAUAGCUAUACAUAGAGCCAUGACACAGGAAGAAAGAUUGUCGAGGUACCAGCAGUUUAAAGAUUUUCAGAAACGUAUUUUAGUGGCUACUAAUUUAUUUGGUCGUGGUAUGGAUAUUGAAAGAGUUAAUAUUGUAUUUAAUUAUGAUAUGCCUGAAGACUCAGACACUUAUCUUCACAGAGUAGCUCGUGCUGGAAGAUUUGGUACGAAGGGUUUAGCUAUAACUCUGAUCUCUGAUGAAAAUGAUGCCAAGAUUUUAAACGAUGUACAAGAGAGAUUUGAAGUCAACAUAACUGAAUUACCUGAUGAAAUCGACAUCUCUUCUUACAUUGAAGGAAGAUAA